AUGUCUGAUGAGCUAAAAAUUGAAUACUUGCCGCAUAGAAAACGUGUACAUGAUCCAUUAAACACGAUCCAAGUUGAAAAUGAGGAAAAUGAAUCUUCCCGUGUCCAGAGCUCAAGAGUUAAUAGAGCUAAUAACAGAAGAUUUGCCUAUGAAGUUAGUACUUUCAACACUCAAAAUGAAAUAUUGACUUUGAAUCAACUAAAUAAAAGGAAAAAACCUGUUUCAUUUGCUAGAUCUGCUAUUCAUAACUGGGGAUUAUAUGCAUUGGAGCCAAUUGCACAGAAAGAAAUGAUUAUUGAGUAUGUUGGUGAAAGAAUUAGACAACAGGUUGCUGAUUUUAGAGAAAAAGCCUAUCUCAAGUCUGGUAUUGGUUCAAGUUAUCUAUUCAGGAUUGAUGAAAACACAGUGAUAGAUGCAACCAAGAAAGGAGGAAUCGCUAGAUUCAUCAAUCAUUGUUGCCAACCAAGUUGCACUGCUAAGAUUAUAAAAGUUGAGGGCCAAAAGAGAAUUGUCAUUUAUGCUUUGAGAGACAUCGCCGCUAAUGAAGAGCUAACCUAUGAUUACAAGUUUGAAAGGGAAACCAACGAUAAUGAACGUGUGAGAUGUUUAUGUGGUGCUCCUGGGUGCAAAGGCUACUUAAAUUAG